AAUUCCCAUUCACCUCUCUCGGGGUCGCUCGCUCAAAUUUCCAUUCCAAAAACCCCAAUUCAAAAAAUCCCCCAAUUCAAGCUCAUCAAUUUUGAUCCCCAUUUGUUGUAUCAAUCAAUCAAUCAUCCAUGGCGGCGCCGGAGCUAGUCCAGACCGAUCCUGAGGGAAUCGAGGGCAUACGGAUGACGUGGAACAACUGGCCACGUACAAAGGUCGAGGCUUCCAAGUGUGUUAUCCCGAUCGCCGCCUCGAUCCAGCCGAUCCGCCCCCACGUCGAUCUACACGUCCUCCCAUACAUUCCCCUACGUUGCAAGUCGUGUUCAUCUGUCCUGAAUCCAUUUUGCCGUGUUGAUUUCACUGCCCUUUUAUGGAUCUGCCCUUUUUGCUUCCAGCGGAACCAUUUCCCGCAACAUUACAACUCCAUUUCACAGACUAAUUUACCCGCGGAAUUGUAUCCAAAUUUCUCUUCCAUUGAAUACACCAUCCCCAAUUUCCCGCAAAACCCCCAGAAUUAUAAUCCUGUUCCUGUUAUUCCAACCACGCCAAUCUAUCUUUUUGUUAUCGAUACGUGUGUGAUUGAAGAGGAGCUGGAUUUUGCAAAAUCUGCAUUGAAACGGGCUAUUGGGAUGCUUCCGGACAAUGCGAUGGUCGGGUUCAUUUCAUAUGGCACGCAGGUGCAACUUCAUGAGCUAGGGUUCUUGGAGAUGUCAAAGGUUUAUGUAUUUAGGGGAUCAAAGGAGUUGUCUAAAGAUCAAGUCUUGGAGCAGUUGGGGCUUAGCUCUGCUGGUGGCAGGCGGGCUGGGACAGGUGUUCAGAAGCCCGGAGGCCAACUAAGCCCCACCGCAGGGGCUGUUAAUACGGGAAUUAACCGGUUUUUGUUGCCAGCUUCUGAAUGUGAAUACACUCUCAAUUCGUUGUUGGAUGAGUUGGGGACAGAUCAGUGGCCUGUGGCACCAGGCAAUAGGGCGUUGAGGUGUACCGGAGUUGCAUUGAGCGUGGCUGCGGGGUUGCUGGGCGCAUCUACAGUGGGAACUGGUGCACGUAUUAUUGCAUUGAUAGGGGGUCCAUGCACAGAAGGUCCUGGAGCGGUAAAGCCUUCAACUUUUGUGUUACUCUAUGUUUUCCUUCUAUAUUAAUAUAUUAGUACGUUU